AUGGGGAACUUGGUGUACCUGAUCAUGAAACCCGACGAUGGCUACACCAGCGUAAAUGCCCGUCGACGCAAUGUGCAUACGCCGCCGCCGUUCAACCACUGUCGCGUGUGUCGUAUCGCGUCUCCUCUCCGCGACGUGAGCAGUAUUGGAGGUGCGCUUUCGUUCGCUGCGGUUCGGCGUCCCUUUCGCAUUCGCUUCCCUUCCCUUUCGCGAUUGCAAUCCAGUUAUGAACAGCUAGCGAGGGAGGGAGACGAACACGAGGAAGGAAAGAAAGCCAAAGGGUAA